CCUACGAGCUGCACUGGCACGAGAAGGAGCAGGCACGGCUCGCCGCGGGCUCCGGCGCCGGCGCGGGCGCCGCGCGGGCCUCGGCGGCGGCGGGGCGAGGCGCGGACGAGCUGGACGGGGAGGCGAUGGAGUGCGACAUCGACGGGUUCCCUCUGGACGAGACGGAACUCGACGGCCUGCGCCUGGAGUUCGACGACUGGGCCGACGUGCUGCAGAUGCACGCGGCCGCCGCUGCGGGCCACCAAGGCGGGGGCCUGGGCGGCGGCGCGACGAUGGUCUACGCCGAGGCGGCGUCCCGGCAGCAGGGCUCUCCGGACGGCGGCCCUGCCGCGGGCGACGAGGCGGGUGGCGGGCUGCCUGCGGCGGGCGGCGCCCAGGCUGCCGCCGCCACGCAGGCGGCCGGGGCCCCGCCGGAGGCGGCGACGCGGCCGCCGGGGGGCGAGGACGAGGAGGAGCUCCUCGACGUCCCGCAGCCGGCCGGGCCCGCCAGGACGGGACAGCCCACGCCCGCGGCGGAGCAGGCGGGAGAGCGCGGAGGCGGAGGCGGGCGCGGCGGGCCUGAAGGCGCCGCGGCGGGCGGGGCGAGCGGCCUCGCCACGGCCGAGACGGCGGGCAAGAUGUCCCGGCAGGACGUCGAGCUCGAGGUCAUGGAGCUGCGAGCAAGCCUCGUCAUGCAAGGCCUGCAUCAAGACGCCAUUGAGGACAUCUGCGAGGAGAAGCGCCAGAGGCUCGUGGACGAGAUCGAGGGGACGAUGGCCAGCCCCCCACCGCUGAGGUCGGAGUCCAGGGGCAGCGGCGCGUCUUCGGACAACCGGCAGGAGGACGACGAUCGCGCAAAAGAGACCAAGCCUGCAACGCCGAAGCAGUCGGCGAAAGAGCCCGACAAGGGAAAGGAUCGAGACAAAGAGAAGAAGCCAAAGGAGGAGAAGGCGAAGGACAGAGAGGCCGACCGGGAGAAGGAGAGGCCGAAAGACAAGGAGGGGAAGCCGAAGAAGGAGAAGGAGAAGCACCGGGAGAAGCACAAGAAGGAGGAGAAGGCACGGCAGCAGAGCCGCAGCUGCAGCGCCGGCAGGCUCGCGGCCGCCGCGGCGGCCGCGUCCCUGAAGGACAAGGGGCGCAAAAGUAAAGCAGCAAACGACGACCGCGACAAGGGCAAGGCCCGAAGCAGAAGUAGAAGUAGAAGCAAAGGCAAGGACAAGGAGCGCAGCAAGAAGGAGAAGCACAAGGCCAAGGAUCCGAGCCGCAGCCGCAGUCGCUCCCGUGAGCAGCGCGGCAAGAAGAGCCGUAGAUGACGGCCCUACUUGCUCGGGUGGACGGUAGCGGAGGGGGCAUCCAUCCUGAUCUGCGUUCCGACGCGAAUCCUGCCCUGGCGACGAGACUCCCCUUCCCGGAGGCACCCCC